UGGUAGAGACUACCAUGGUGUUUUCUUCUCUAGUUCAAGAAAAUAUGCGCUUCUAAAAAGGAGGUAUAACACCAGCCAACACCAAACUCUUCUCCAGUGAGCCAUUCCCACUGUAGUGAAAUUUACAGUCCCCAUAAAAAUAGUGUUUACUUCUGUCACUCAUUGGCAGAGACUUCUGGGGUCUGUCUAGACAGAAGUUCUUAAUGUAGCCAAAGACACCCUGUCCUGCUUUAAAUCCUGCUCAGUGCAAAGGUAAAGUGUGAGAAUGGGCUUUAGCUAGGCAGUAUUGUUAUAAUGGACAAUGGUUUAGCCAACCCCACCUUCCAGCUGUGUAGAUUUUUGUCUGUUUAGGAAAGGCAUGUCCGCCCUGCCUUUUUAUAACUCAAACAACAUUGGCAAAGGAACAGCAUGACAGUCAAAGCAUGUAGCAUGAGUCUCUCUUUUGGAUUGUAAGUGUCUGGCAUGAAGUCACGAGGCCUCGAAUCAGAAAGUGGAGGUUCAGCUUUCCAAAAAGUCAGAGGAAUAAGAGGCAGCAUUUCCAGCAAAGCUGUGCCCGAAGCAGCCAAGCUGAAAGCUUUUUAAAGAGAUCUUCUUAGGGAAUAUUAAGAUCAUUUUACCCUAAGGUUUUAUAGGGACAGUGCAAGACUGCUGUUAUCAUGUAGUCUUAAGUUUGAAACACUAAAGCCUUGUCUUCACUGGGGAUGAGGAAAAGGGGUUGGCUAGGGUUUUAUCCUGUUUGCUAAGUAAAGGCAGUUGGUAACUUUCGCUUGAUUAGCAAACACUUGGCUCCCCUGUGGCCUUUAACUUGACUUGCUAACUUGUGUGAAAACUACAAGCUGCCUUGUCUUUUACCUGAGUUAAGCGUGCACCUCCAGUAAUAAUGCUGCAUUACAGAGGGAUAUUUGGAAGGAAGGGUUAGGAAGCAUCAUGGGCUUCCCCCUGGGGACUUACGUUCAAGUCCAGGUCUGGCUUGCCAGACGCUGGCAGGGUAAAGUAGCUAGAAAGGGAGCAGAUUGUCUGAAUCAUAAUCCAGUGUCCCCGGGUGGCAGGUUACCCAGCAGUAUUACAGUGGGAGGAAACUGUCUCCCUGUCCAAGCUGCUACAGAAAUUGGAGAGAAGGGAUGGUAAAAAACAAAAACAAACAAACUGCACUCUGCUCGGGCCAGGAAGAAUUGCCCUGUUCUGUGCAGUCUCUUAUAACUGAAGAACCAGGCAUAUAUGUUGCUUGUGGGAGAGGGCAGGGCAUAUACAUUGCUUGUGGAGGGUUGGUUGUGUUUUGUUUUGUUUUUUGCAGGCCUAAUGCAGUGAGUCACUUGGAAUGUCAAAGCUGCUUGUGUAAACUUAAAUUUGCUGCACUGAUUUAAGGUAUAAUUGCUGAGGCUCCUUAAAAUGGCUUUACGCUUCCGCACUUUCUUCCCGUACGCCUUACCUGGAGUGCUGGCACUUAUUGGUUGGUGGUGGUUUUUUUCUCGUAAAAAGGAGCGUACAAGCAAUCAUGACAGGCAAGCAUUAGCUGGCGUGGAAGAUCAGAGGAUUGAACCUCCCAUAAAGGAACCUCUGUCCAGAGCAGAAGUAAAUGCUACUAAAGAACUGCCUGUGCCCUCAGAAGAGGACUGCCCAGAGAAUGAAACCUUGACUUCCCAGCUGUCUGUAGGGUUAAUGACACCCUCUCUGGCAUGUGACGCUCAACAGAGAUUAGAUUCCUCCAGGAACCAUCCUGCCACCACAGUAACGACCGUCAAAUUGGGCACGUUUGAGGACGACAGUGAAAAACUAGAAAGAGCAGCGUCUCAAGAUGAAACCGGGUCCCUUGCACAAGUGUCUCCCCCUUUAGCCCCGAAGAGCGUAGAGUACAGUGACAAUGGUGUGCUUGUUACCAAGCAGGAGUCAGCUUUCAGUGGAAUCCCAGAGCAGCAGCCAUUGGUGUGUUCCGUGGUAGAGUCAGUACAAGAGUCUUUGGGAAAGACUUGGGAAAGUGGUGAAGCAGAAAUGACACACGAUUCUCUGGAAAAUCCAUCAAAGGAAAUCCAGUGCCCAGCGGCCACAUACUCAGACGCUGGCUGCCUGCCAGACCUCAGCUCUGAACCAGAGGAUUCAGCCACCGCCCAACCUGCCAUUUUAGAUGACGAUGAUAGUAAGGAAGUCAAGGGCAUUGUCCCUGGGCAGAGAGAGUCUGUAGUUGGGAAGUUACUGAAUAAUAGUGUAGAGUCUGCUGGCUUGGACCUGUCCAGGGAAGAGGAGAUGUCUGAGAUGACCGUCAGUACUGUGCUUAAAUGUCAUGGAAGGGAAGAGAAGUGCUACAGGGAUGUGCAAUCAAAAGGAGAUUGUUUGGAAAGAGAGAGAAUUGGAGGAGUGAGUUUGGACAAAGAUGAAGUUGAGAAAAUAGAGCAAGCAGCCAUACAGAUUAUUUCCAAAGUCAUCUUAGCAGCUACCGAGGAAGUGCUGUCUAGUUCAGUAAGUGAUGUGUCCAGUAGGAUCUGUGAAGUCGCAGUCAGCCGGGUUGAUAGACCGCUGGAGAGGGUGAGCAUUUCAUCUGAUGAGAUGCUUGCAGUGGAAUCUAGCAGAGGGAAGGAAGCCGUUUCCACAGAGAGUGUUGCAAUGAUACCUGUUCCCCUAUCGGAAGAGAAACUCCAUCGUUACGUGUCGUAUUCCAGCUGUUUGAAAUAUGGGCGCUUAUCUAACCCAGUGCAGGUAGACCCAAAAGACCGUCGGCCAAAGAAGUCUGUGCACAGUGAAACACAAGGAGAUAACCGGACUUUGGUUACGAACAAUGGAGAGUCGUUCAAAGAGUCUCAUGCAGUAAUGGAGGAUUCUGGAUGCAGCGCAUCUACAUCCGAAGAUGGGAUGAACGUCGAGGAUCCCUUGCAAAGCACAUCACUGUCUCUCCUGUCAAGCCAGCAUUCGGACUUGCUGAGCAUGUCUGUGAUCCAGGACGCUUCUACAGAGCAAAACAUGGCACAGAGUGCGAAACCUCAGACCCCUAUAUUAGGGGAAGACAAAGUGCCAUACAGCAAUGGAGUGCUGAAAGGGGACAGCGCAGAUCUGAGACAUGAGACGCACUGGACAGCAGAGACAGAUGCAGAUCACUCAGGAGGUUCAGAUGUAAAUAGCAUGGAUUCUGUGGACAGUGGCUGUGCCCUUGGGAAGACGGAGAGUUGCCAGAACUCCAAGCCAGGAGUAGAAUCCAAUAAGUCUGAGCUCACUAUCUGGGAGAUAGAGGUGCCAAAGCACUUGGUUGGCCGGCUGAUUGGCAAGCAGGGGAGAUAUGUGAGUUUUCUGAAGCAAACUUCUGGUGCCAAAAUUUAUAUCUCAACGCUACCUUACACCCAAGAUGUCCAGAUUUGUCACAUAGAAGGCUCUCAACAUCAUGUAGACAAAGCGCUGAGUCUGAUUGGUAAGAAGUUCAAGGAACUGAGCCUCACCAACAUUUACGCUCCUCCAGCUCCAUCACUGAUGCUGCAUUCCCUACCUAUGACUUCCUGGCUCAUGCUACCGGAUGGAGUCACUGUAGAAGUAAUUGUCGUUAACCAAAUCGACGCAGGACACAUGUUUGUGCAGCAGCACACGCACCCCACGUUCCAUGUGCUGCGCAGUCUGGACCAGCAGAUGUAUGUCUGCUAUUCUCAGCCUGGAAUUCCAACUCUGCCAACUCCAGUAGAAGUCGGUGUGAUCUGUGCUGCUCCAGGCUUGGAUGGCGCUUGGUGGCGGGCUCAGGUUGUCGACUACUUCAAAGAUAACAGUGAAGUGGAGAUCAGAUAUGUGGACUACGGAGGAUACGAGAGAGUUAAAAUCGACACACUCAGGCAGAUCAGGUCUGAUUUUGUAACACUACCCUUCCAAGGAGCAGAAGUUUUAUUAGACAAUGUGGUGCCGCUUUCAGACGAGGAUCACUUUUCAUCAGAAGCUGACUCAUCUGUUAGUGAAAUGACCAGAGGUACACCUCUGCUUGCACAGGUCACAAACUAUGACAGUGCAACAGGCCUGCCUCUUAUCCAGCUGUGGAGUAUGAUGGGAGAUGAGGUGGUGUCAAUAAACAGAGCUCUGGUGGAAAGAGGAUUUGCUCAGUGGAUUGACAGUUACUAGUAAACUCUGAGAGGCCCCAAGCGACCCUUUUUUCUAAAAAAAAAUAAAUAAAAUAAAAUUUAAGAAAUCCCUUUUUUUGCACUGUAUUAGAAUUGGGUUUGGCAAUUCUGUAGGGAGGACCUGUUUGUUUACACCACUGCGCAAAACUCUGUGGUCCAUUGAGACUUGUUUGCUUGACUGUUACCAUUUCACUUGAAAUACAUACCUCAUUUCAGUGAAAGGCAGGGAGUUACUAAAAGCCAUAAAAAAGAUACUGUAGCUUUAAAACAAAACCUGUCCCUGGCCUAGUUCUAAGAGUUAUUUAAAAAGGGCGGGGAGGGAGGGAGUUUUCUUGAAGCUAACAAAACACCCCUACCAUGUGUUAACUGGCUGCAGGUCUGUUGCACAGAUGCCCCAGAGGUUCAGUGGCUGCUUUUUCUGAAAGUGAUGUUGGCUGUUGCUUAGAAAUAGGUUUGCUGCCUAGAAAGCCAACACAAAAUAUCUUAAGGAUUUGAAGUUCAGUCGUCUACUGACUUUUUUCCAUGUUGUGCCACCAGUUUGCACAAGCUUUGUUAAUCUGAUCCGUGACUGAUGCUGGGAGACAUAUGAAUUGCAUUCAUGGCACUUACCCUGGCACACAUCUCAUGGUAGAAAUGUUUUAGGCUGGAGCUGCAUGGGAAGAGAAUUUCAUCUGUGCAGACCUUUUGAAAUGUAGGAUGAAUUACCACUACAACCAUAGAUUGUAAAUCUGCUAUGUUCCAGAUCAUAUAUUUAAAAAAAAAAAAUAGAUUGCCAAACCCGAUUGUAAUUUGUAACUAUUUUCUAGCUGUGCAAGUCUGUGUAAAUAUAUAUAAAAUCAUUGUAAUAUUUUGUAUAAGAGAAACACUGGAAAUCACAAAGGGAACUUUAAAAGAUUUUUUUUUUUCCACAACAAAAUGUUCUCUGUAAGUAGAAACGGUUUGGAGUCCAUCAGUACAGCUGACGUACUCGGAGCAUCCGAAUGUGGGAGUGUUUCUGCUCUGCUGUGUACAGGAUUAGCGUUUGCUCUAGAUUGCUGUAUGGUAUGAUUUGUGAUCACUGACUCCUUUUGCUGUACAGAUCUGUUUAAAAAAAAAAACAACUAACAAUUUGGAAUUGAUAUUGCAGUGGUGUUCCUUCUCUCUUGAUUUAUGUUGGUCCCUUUUUAGAUUGAUAUCAAAUGUGGAAUUUAAAAUUUUGUUCAAAUAAUUUAAGAUAACUUAAUACUAUUAAAAAAAUAUUGUACUGUACCUGCAUUUA